AAAAAUGGUCCUAUAUUUUUAUGUUGAUGCAGAAAUGAUUUCUUGUUUCAAUGAAUCCACUGAAAUUGGCAAUUUUGAUGAAUUUCUUACAAAAUAUAACACUUCUUUGAUGGAACUCGGUGAUCAACUAAAAUAUGUAUUUUUUCCAGCAAGCACUGCCUGUAAGCACUACUGUACAUACUUCAAUCAAUUUUUAAAGUGCUUUCCUGUUCGCAAUCGUCAACGCUUGCUUUCUGAACGGGAUGUUGGUUUUGAAAACGAGAAAGUUGUGUUUCUUUUUCAAUCCGAUUUCAGACAUGCAAUUGAUAUGAAAAACUGGAAUAAUUUUUAUUUCAAAUACCGAGAUAUUGCUGAUUUGGUGAUAACAAAAGCAAGAAAACAAGGGAAAGUUGAUGUUCAAAUUGUUUCUAACAACGGAAAAGUGUUUCCGAAUUUCAAAGAAAGGGAUAUUCAUAGUUCAAAAGAAGAGUAUAAGCAAAAGCACAUGAAUUCGCCCAUAAGCCAAUCAAAAAAUCAGGGCACUAUGUUGAAGAAUCGCCCACCCAGAUUAGUCAGAACUCAUCAAAGUGACUUGGCAAACAUCGACACUUCUCAUUCACGAAACCCGGCUGAAACCAAGAACGAAAACACUUCAUCUCGCACAAAUUCAGCGACUUCAUCACGAAAAGAUUAUCUAAACACUUCCAUUCCUUCUGCGAACGUUACGUGUACUGAAAAAUACAGAAGUUCAGAAUUUGGAUCAGCCAAAAGCAGUGUACCCCGAGUGACCUGCAAUUCAACUAAAUUGGAAACUGCUCAAGCGACUCAUGAAAAUAUUGUAUUGGAUCCUAAGAAGUGCACUCAAAAUACAUUACGAUCAGAUAGUUAUCAAGAUACCGAAAAGAAGAUAAUCUUGCCAAGGAAUACUUCAAAUUCCCAUCACGAAAUCUGUAAUGAUGUACAAUCAUAUCCAGGAAAACAUUAUGACAAAAACACAUCUAGUAAUUUUGUUUUCAAUUUUGAAAUCGAUGAGCAUCCCGUUCCAAUUACACCUACUUCACCGAAGCAAAACUAUGAAAAAACAUACAAAGACGGAGAUAGUAAUCAAACAGGUGGCAUUUGCGAAAUUGAGCAUUCAGAAAACGUUGUUGAAUCGUUCGAGGUUUUGGAGAACAAUAAGAAAACUGAAUAUUUUUUUAAUGUGAUCAAUGAAUUGCGAUGUGACUUACAACCAGAAGAUGUUCCUUGUUAUAGAUCAAGAUCUAAAGAACAUAUUACAAAUGGAAUGGCAGAUUUCAAGAAUGAUAUGUAUAGUUUGAAGCGAGAAACUGAGGAGAGGGUCGAAGAUGUUGAAAAAAGUGAACAACAAAUUCGUAUAAAUGGAAAAGGACGUUUAUCAUCAAUACAACAUGAUACUGAAGAAAUUGAUGAUAGUACCUUUAAGAAAAAGCUUCAAGAGCAGAGUGAGCGCAACAAAAUUGAGUUAGAAAAGAAGAAACAAGAAAGAAUGAACAAGAAACGAAAAUUCGAAGAUGAGAUCAGAAAAUUGAAAAAUGAAUUGAUAGAACGAUUCAAUAUGAUAAUGAGUUGCAUUGCACUCAAACGCAAGUUCGAUAUUCAAGAGGAUUAUUGGAAGGAUUGGAUUCAUGGAUGCAGGCAAAAUAUCAGUAAACUUCUAAAUCAUUGUCAUCAAUUUGUGUAUGAUGUUAACAGUCACAGCUACGGAUUACGAGAGAGUAAAAACGUGGAUUUUAACGAGCUCGAGCUGGAAAUAACGAAUCUUCUUGGGUUUACAAUGAUGACAUACAACGCAAUGGAAGACAGUUUUGCAAAGCUCAAAGAGCUUGAGCGCAUGUUUCCAGACGCCUCAUUUGUUCGAGUAUUUCAGAAAUGCAUUGCUGACACUGCAAAAAUCAUAUUGGAAAUUUAUGAUUCUUUCGGCGUACUUUCACUCAACCCAAAUGAAAGCAACUAUCAAAUCCUCCAAGACAAGCUGCAAUUUUUACAACCUUCAACGAUUCACUCUACUUCAGAUUUGCACAGAAUUUGCAACGAACAUGAGUUCUCCCCAGUUUAUCAAAACAUUGAAUUUCCCUCAAUCUCCAAUAGCUCGCCUGUAUAUGUUUCUGAGAUUUCAGAAUAAACACAGUUUGAUUUUGUGAA